GAAACUUCUCUCGUCUUGAGGAUAUAUAUAUUGGUUUUGGCUUUCGUACGAAAAAUCUCAUCUAACGCGUCUGUCAUUGUAGGCAUCCGUGAUUGAGUGAAAAUCGAUAAGAACGCUCCGCUUACUUUAGCUCUGAUUUGGGUUUUGCCUUCGCUGAUCUGUACGAUGUCAUACUCCCGAAGGUCUAGGUACUCCCGCUCCCCAUCAUUCAAACGAUCUGUCUCAAGGUCUCUGUCGAGGUCAAGAAGCCGUUCAAGGAGCCCAUCAAGUGAUGUUGAAAAUCCCGGGAACAAUUUGUAUGUCACUGGGUUGUCACCUAGAAUAACUAGAAGAGAACUCGAGAAGCAUUUUUCUGCUGAGGGGACAGUUCUAGAUGUUCAUCUUGUGGCCGAUCCAUUGACUAGAGAAUCUCGUGGAUUUGGAUUCAUUACCAUGUCUAGCAAUGAUGAGGCAGAAAAUUGCAUCAAAUAUCUGAAUCGAUCUGUACUUGAAGGUCGUAUAAUUACUGUGGAAAAGGCUCGAAGGCGGAGAGGCAGAACUCCAACACCUGGUAGAUAUCUUGGACUUAGAACAGUUCAUGUGAGGCGUAGGUCGCGAAGCUACUCAUCUCGCCGUUCUCCCAGCUACUCUCCAUAUAGGAGAAGCUCUAGCCGCUCUACUCAUUAUUCAUCUGACCGUAGCAGGAGUAGAUCCCGUUCCAUCAACGGACAUCGUAGAUCAUAUGGUUCCCCUUACCAUCGUAGAUCAUACUCUUAUAGCCGGCGAAGAUAUGAUUCUCCAUACUAUAGGCGACGAUAUGAUUCUCCAGACUACUAUAGGCAUCAUAGGUCAUAUUCUCGAUCCAGCUCACCGUAUAGGAGGUGGAGCCGCGACAGGUCAUACUCACCUUAUGAUUACUAUUCCCCUGAUCCUUACUACAGAAGGCACAGGUACAGGUCAGUUUCUCGGAGCCUUUCACCAAAGUCAAGGAACGGCAGGCAUUACUCCCGAAGUUACUCUCCUGAGCCUAGGAGAAGAACGUUGAGAAACUACUCUCAUAGCCCCUCCCGGGAAUCGAGGAGAAGUUAUUCACGUAGUAUUUCCCCUGAACGAAGCAGGAGAUCAGGAAGUAGUGUCUAUUCAUCCAGUAUUUCUCCUGAACGAGGCAGAAGCUUAAGGAGUCGCUCUUGCAGCCAUACCCCAAGACGACACGAGAGCACACGUAAGAGAGGAUAUUCUAGUAGGAGUCGAUCAAGAAGUCAAAGUGUAACUUCAAGAUCUGUUAGUCCGGCUUGAUUUACUGAACUGCUUCCCCUCUGCUACAUUCUCAUGGUGAUGUACGUUUGGAGCUUUUAAUGCGAAUCAAUCAGCUGCAGAUGUAAACAACUAUUCCCCUUGUCUUAGAUGCCUUCACGUUUGAGACGAAAUGGUGGGUUGUGGAAUAAUCUAUUUCUGGUUUCAUGGCUUACGAGGGGAAACGAAGAAAUGUCAACAGGGAAUGUUAUACGCUUUCAACUGAUGUUUGCUUUUAAUUCUGUUGGGUUAGUUUGUUAAUGAGGGGUGUGAAUGUUUUGGUUCAAUUUGUCAUUUUGAUUUCCAACUCGAUUUGGGUUGGAUGUUGUGCCUUAUCUCUUAUAUGAACAUGAAAAGAUAACGUACAUUUGUGGUUUGCCUCAAUUGGAAUUGUGUUUUCCUUUAA